CAUCCAUCAGAUAGUACACUUAACGAGCCAGAAGAUACCAGACGUAUAAAAAAAAUUGCUAAGUUAUUUGGAUUAGACGAGCAGAAUAUAGAAGUAUAUAAAGCACUUUUUGGACAGAUUUGGAAGCUCAAAAAAAAAUUGGAAGAUUAUUAUUCCAAAUAUGAAAAGCUUAAAAGAAGGGUCAAUUUAUUAGAAGCUGAAAUAGAAGAUUUGGUCGAAUGUGUAGAUAAAAAAACUUUAGUCGACUUAAUACAAGAAAUGGUUCCAUCGCUAAUUAUUAGAAAAUAUAAGAAGAGAGGUUUACUUUGUAAGCCCCUAAAUAGAUCUGACUCUAGUUUAUCCGACUUUAGUUUAUCUGAAGAUUCUGAAACGGUUAAAUGCUACUAUUCUAAAAAGAAG